AUGUCUGCUAAGAAGGAAUCUUUUGCAACACAUCCGGAGGACUGGGAUGAAGCAGAGAAGAAUCAUCGGGAAAGCACCAGAAGCGCGCGAGAGAAAGAGGAUAUGAGAAUUCAGCAGGAGUAUCGUGUCCUUGCGGACCAACUAAGAGCACAGCUUAUCCAGCUGUACGACAGAAAGUCUCAGCUUCAGGACGAGUUACAGGCUAUUGAAGGCGACAUUGAGCAUCACGAAAAGCAGCAGGAGCGACUGGCCAACGAAUUCGACGACAACGAAGCUCGUCUUGCGUCUCGGCGCAAAGCAGAAGAUCAAGCGCAAGAAUUAUUCUUUGCUCGUAAUCGCGAAGAUGCGGCGUCUAAGGAGAACGUACGACCUAAGAGCAGUAACGGGACCCGUCGUCAGCCCAGUCGUGAUAUGCAACCGCUGGCUAAUGGCGCUGCUGGUUGGACUAGCAUCAAUGGUUCGCGGCGCCGCGGCCGUCGUGAAGAAGAGGAAGAACCUCCAGCAGACCCUGGCAACCUUCUAAGUAGCGUCUACCACAAUCCUGUGGAAGAAUCCGACUCGCUCAAUGGCAGGUCUAUGCCUCUACGUAGCAGCAAUACCCGCGGUCGACCAAGCCUGGCCUCGAAUGGUGCGACUACAGAGACUAAUGCAGAUACCCCCGAAAAUUAUCUCAUUAAUCGGGCAAAGGACAGGCCUCUGAAGCCUAAGCAGCGACACAGCCUACCUAGCCUUCCAGCAGCGGCCCGUUCGCCGAGCGGUAGACCGCCCAUCCCUGAGCUUUCCAGCGAGGUUCAAACAAAACCCUCGUCUGGUCGAAGAUCGUUGCCAAGUGCUAAGGGUUCAGUAACCCCGACGGAAAGAUCGACGCCGGCGCCUAUCGAAGGCCAAGAAAUCACCCGCGAAAGGUUGGUGCUUCGGGAUGAUGGAAAAGUUAUGACAGAGCCUCCGAUGUAUGCCGGCAUCCCUCUAGAACGGAUCGAUAAGGACCACCCGUAUUGGGACCCCGAGUGGGAGCCGUUGGAAGCCAUCAUGCAACCACAGCUGGACAAAUGGAAAGAGAAGCUGGAUCAGCUUAGAAGAGAACCUCAGUCUAUACGCCACACGGUUUUCCUUGCCAACCGCCAAGUUAACCGAGGCCAGUCUGUUGUUAAUUUCCUUAGAGAUGGAGAGUGGCACCCGUACCAGUUUGUGGGCAAGGAUAUGAUGAACAAGUUCUACAAGACGUUCAUCAACUACGAUACCAUGUUCCGCCUAGUGAACGUACACGAAGAGCUGAAGAAAUUCGACCUCGAUAUGACUCCUCUCGAAUGGCUACGGCAACGAAUGUACGACAUCGCAGAGGCGCAGGGGGACAAGUUCAACUUAUCUAAGACGACCCACGAUCUGUACCACGAUGCCAGCCUAAAGCUUUUGAGAGAAAAGCACGGCUUCGGCAACAUCGGACGACCUUCAGGUUACAAGCUCAAAGAGAGGGAUCCAGAAAAGGCAGCGGCCAAGAAGAUUAAACAGGAGUCGGCGGGUUCGGUGCGACGCAAGGCUCGCCGAUCGAUUGGACAGGUCGAUCCGGAUGACACGCCUAGCGUCGAAGACAUGCAGAAGGGAUCCGAGCAGCCGCAGGAAGUAUUGGAGCCUGUGACGCCGCGCUUACAAAAGCGUCAGCGCCUAGAACCGGCGCCUCUGCCUCCGCCACCACCCCCCAAGCCGGAAGCUGAAGAGGACGACCUGGAAUACAGCGGCUGGACGUCGACGGAUUCUUUUUCUGCGGGGCGAAUCAUGCAUAUGGACUGGCGCGUCUACCAGAUCAAGACUCACGACUUGACCACGAGCACCGAAGUCACCCAAUACUGGACUUGGAAGCCGGAGAAGGGAUUGUUCGAACAUCAGGUGCUGCGAGACGUCCAUCCCAAGGUGACGUGGGGGUUCUACCAAAAGCCGAUCAACUUCGACCUGGCGGUAGAAGAGAUCAAGGAGAUCCAGUACGCACCAGACAGCCAAAAGGUGCUAGUAUCCGUCUCCGACGAGAAGCGCGGCUGCGUCUUAGCCUACUUCAAGAGGGAGCGAACCAAGAGGCGAUUUUUGGCAUUCGCUAAGAGAAAGGGCAUCAAGCUCGCAAAGGGCACCGGUGCACAACUCGAGAACUCGUGGGAUACGAUGGAGUCCAAGACGCUGCCGAACGAGGAUUCAGAUACAUAG